AUGUCAAACCAUCGCUCAGCUAUACGAUCUGCCAUUGACAAAGGGACCUCGGACCAACCGGUGGCAAGACAUUUUGUGCAAGCAGGGCAUAAGCAGAAAGAAUUUGCAGCUUUACACUGUAUCUAUCACCUGGCAAAUACAGUAGAACAGAGUUUUUUCUUCAGGUUUGAUGAGACUGCUCUGAUUGCUGAAAUGGGACUUGGCAGUGAUGGUAACGUGAUCAAUAGGCCAAACGACAGGAGGAAUUUAUUUGCAGAAAGAGGUUGCUGUAAAAGACAAAGUAAUUUUGUUUACAUUGGACAAGAUAUUUCUGGUAGUCCAGUAAGUGUGGAUGUUGGUCUGUGCAGAUCUCAUUGUGGUAUUCCCCAAAGGAUAAAUCCUUACAAUCAUGGUUUGCCUGCUGUCUCUAUGCAUUCCUCAAUGCUGGAAUUUCUGAAGAAUAAGAAGGUGCGCGAAAGGGUUCCAGAUACCCCUCUUCCAUCUGGUUCAGAGCCAUCUUGCCCUGUGGAAUUUAGCUGCCAACCAACCAAAGUUGGAUUAGAGAGAGUGCUAUUAUAUCAAGGGAUUCAAGAAGUGGAAGUGAUAGAGGAUUGUCAAUGCAACCCUAUCCCAGAAGAAUGCAUUAGAAUGCCAUUUCUAAAAACAUUCUUUCCGGACACCCCCUUUGAAUCAACAUUAGAUGUUGGCAAGUGUUCCAGUCCUACGGCUUUCACAGGUUUUCAUUGCUCACCAACAAAAUUUGACACUGUGGUUGUUGGAACUCCAAAUGGAGCUGAAGUUGUGCAAACAGUGGAAAAUUGUGAAAUGAAAGAAAAUUGUUAUAGAGUUAGUUAUCUUGAGUAUUACUAUGAAGUAAUCUACAAUUCAAACGGUGUUAAGGAAGAAAGACUUAAGGAAAUUGAUGUAGGAAGGUGCUUAGGAGCUUGUUCUUCAGGAAAUCACUGUCUACUCAGGGACUCCCGCAAUAGGGAUCACUGUUUGGUUUGGGCAGAAGGUUCAGGCAAUGGAUGUGUCCCAGAGGAAUAUGAGACGCACACUUUCCGGAGCAGGAAUGGACAUAUACGCUCUGUGUUUGCUAUCAAGAUGUGCAAAUGUCAGUCAUAA